UUCUCUAUUUCUGCCUCCUGCACGAUUUUUCGGUAACAAAGCAUGUCUUUGCUUUGUGUGGUCCAUAACUGCCACAUCAAGAGGACAACUGAAGAAACAGACAAUAGACAUGUAAAUAAUCCUAGAGUUUUAAAAGUUAAAACAUCAUUUUUGGCAUGAUACGUUUGGUGUGGAUUUAUGUUUGCCCGAUUACUCAGCGCUUCACAUUGGAGGUUACAAGUUCGAAGUUGACGCGCGUCUUGGAUAAAAAUACGCGUGGAAAUGGGGAAUCGUCUCCAAACGCAUCCAGAAUGGAUUUAACUACCAUCACCUUCUCCACGGUGAACUCAUCCGCGGAUACUAACAGCACGAGCGCACCGAGACCCCCGCCACAUUCCCAGUGCGUGGCGUUGAUGAUCAUUCUCGUGGUCACCGUGAUCAUCUUGGUGACCAUCGUGGGGAACGUAUUAGUCGUGGUUGCCGUUUUCACCAGCCGCGCGCUGCGUGCGCCACAGAACCUCUUUCUGGUCUCUUUGGCGUCCGCUGAUAUUUUGGUGGCCACUUUGGUCAUCCCUUUCUCCCUUGCCAAUGAAGUGAUGGGCUACUGGUACUUCGGCAGCACCUGGUGUGCCUUCUACCUGGCACUGGACGUGCUCUUCUGCACGUCAUCCAUCGUCCACCUCUGCGCCAUCAGUUUGGACAGGUACUGGUCGGUGACCAAAGCGGUCAGUUACAACCUCAAGAGGACCCCACGGAGAAUCAAGAGCAUGAUCACGGUGGUGUGGGUCAUUUCAGCCGUGAUCUCCUUCCCACCGCUUCUCAUGACCAAACACGAUGAACUGGAGUGCUUGCUUAACAACGAGACCUGGUAUAUCCUCUCAUCCUGCGUGGUGUCGUUUUUUGCGCCUGGUCUCAUCAUGAUUUUGGUCUACUGUAAGAUUUACCGGGUGGCCAAACAGCGCGCGUCCACCGUGUUCGUGGCCAAGAACGGGGUGGAGCGACAGCCAUCGCAGUCAGAGACAUGCUUCGUGCGCAAGUCGGGCAAGUCCGAGGUGGAGAGCCCCAGCAGCCACAGUUCGGGCAGUCGCGAGCGCAAAGGCGAGCUAGACGACAUCGACCUGGAGGAGAGCAGCUUCUCCACCAAACACAGGAACUCACGCUUCACCAAGAGUAGAAAAGUGGAAGGGGCAAAUCCAUGCCCAAAGCCAAAUGGACGCCUGUCGUGGGCAUGUAGCCGCGCCUCGGAGCUCGAUCAAGAGCCGAAGGCGCGACAGCUCUCCUUAUCCAAGUCGAAACUGGCACAGAUGCGCGAGAAACGCUUCACAUUCGUGUUGGCUGUGGUCAUGGGGGUGUUCGUGCUCUGCUGGUUCCCUUUCUUCUUCACCUACAGUCUUCAUGCCAUUUGCCGGGAAAGUUGCACAAUACCGGAUUCUCUAUUUAACCUAUUUUUCUGGAUUGGCUACUGCAACAGCUCAGUGAACCCUAUCAUAUAUACUAUCUUCAACAGAGACUUUAGGAAAGCAUUCAAAAAGAUUAUGUGCCAGAACCCUGUACGCACGUAAAUGUACAUGUAUAUGUAUUGGCGCGGGUGUAUUGUAUACGUUAACGUUUUGUUUACCUGUGUAUUUGUGUGCGGGCGCGCGCUCAAAACUGAGAGACUUGUGCGCGCGCGUCCGCGUCUCAGUAAAUAGCAUUACAUUUAUUGAUCACUGGAGUUUUUCAUGUUUUUUUUUUUU